AUGAGUCGCUUGGAGGGAAAUAUUAUUGCAGAAGAAAGGGAAAUGAAAUUUGUGGUUGUAGGAGAUGACUCCAGCGGGAAGACUUCGUUCAUCAACGCAUGUGUUGGAGAAGCAUUUUCCGUUCCAAAUCGGACACAGUUGAUCGACUACAAAAGCGUCUCUUUCAAGUGGGGAAACAAAAUCCUUCGCAUGAACUUCUGGGAUACUCCAAGGCUGAUGAAUGGGUUUGGACCAACACCAUAUUACAGAGGAGCAGAUGGGAUAUUUUUGAUUGUCGACGGGACUACUGUAUUUGAUGAGAGAAAGACUAACGAUAUAAUCAACUCAAUAAGAAGAGAUAACCCAAACCCAAUGCUACCAAUCGCUGUUGUUGUCACUAAACUUGACCUGAAGCCAAGUAAAAGAAGCUGCGUGGACUACGCACUCAGAUGUAAGUUCCCCACUUAUCAUAUAUCAGCAAAAAAUAACGUGGGCAUCGACGAGACGCUCCUCUCAUUCGUCGAACUGUCACUGAAAAAAUCAUUUGAACAACCAGUGGAUGUUGCACAAACUAAAAACAAAGAAAGAUGUCAGUAA